AUGGGCGUGCUAGACGCGACGGUGCUGGCAUGCUGGGCCGACACGGGCAGCCAGAGGCGCCUAGUGACGACAUACGCACGCUUCUCCACGCCCCGGACGCUCGGCUCCGCGUCCACAAAUGCGCCGCCAAGUCGCCGCCCAAAUCCUCCAUUGCCCGCGACGGCACGCCAGGGCUCGCGGGGUGCAGCUCAACAGCAGCCGCCGCCCGUCCUGUUAGCCGCCGCCCGUCCUGUUGAGCGCCUCCCGUCGGCGGCUGUCGUUUGCCCUGCGGGACGACUGCGCAACGCUGCGAGAAUUUGUCGAGUCCCCCCAGCCGCGCCGAAGAUCGGCAGCUGGCAUGCUCACGCGAGGUGCGCAGCAUUGUGGAGAACAGCACGCCUGGUGGCGUCGGCGAGUGCUGAAUUUGCGGGCGUCCAGAGCCUCCAGAGGUACCAACGGCGCGACCACCGUGUCCGCCUCCAGUUUCCCCAGGUCAGGCGCCAGCAACAAGGCCAAGCCGCCAUGCGCGCUCCGGUUUGCGGCUAUGAGGCUCUUGCGCACCUUUUCUCGACCUCCCAGCCGCGUCGUGCUGCAGUCGGGCCUUCUGGGCCGUUUCUCGCUCCUACAGCCAUCGACCCAGACUCAGGUCCGCUCUAUACGACUCUGAGCGACGCAAAGACCCUCGUCUGCUGCAUCACGAGUCUGGUGGAUCCCUCAGGCCAUCUGGGGUAA